AUGUCGCCAUGUGGACCAAGUAUGCCCGUACCAAAUUGCGCAAGUGGUUCAUCAUCUAUGCCAUUUAGUGUUGAAGGUGAAAAUGAUGUUGGAGAAAUUUCACCCGACAAAAAUGUAUCGCCAAACAAGGGGGGGAUGUUUGAAAUUUCAGAUGAUGAUAAUAACAUUGAGCCUCCAAAAGCUGGUAUGAAAUUUGGUACUGAUAAAGAGGUUUUGGCCUAUUACAAACGAUUUGCCAAACAAGAGGAUUUUGGGGUUAUGAUAAGAAGGAUGAAAAGAGAUCUUGAUGGGAAUGCUAAGUAUGUCACGAUUGCCAGUACACGCGGCGGCAAGUACUAUCCUAGCCAUAAUAAUUUAGCCAAGCCUAGUCCAACGACAAAAAUAGAUUGUAAGACGAAGGUAAAUGCUUGCCUUGUGAAUGGGGAAUGGGUGUUGACCAGUGUAGAUCUUGUUCACAAUCAUAAAAAAUUGGGAUCCCACUCAAAAUACAACAAGUUGAAGACUGCCAUUCAGAAUGUAGUCUACGAUACACAAAGCUGCGAAGAAUUCGAGGAGAAGUGGGAGCAGUUAAUGCUUAAGUAUGAGCUUACUGAUAAUGCAUGGUUGCAUGGGUUAUACAUCGAGAGGUCAUUUUGGGUACCAGUCUUCCUGAAAGGUGUAUUCUGGGCUGGUAGCAUUUCUACUUACGAUGUCUUUGAAGAAAUUUCCACCCCCGAUGGACAGUCCAAAAUUAUGAAGUACAUAGUUUGGUUGAAUGAAGAUGAAUUUGAAGUCAAAUGCACGUGUGCCCUGUUUGAGAUGAGAGGAAUUAUUUGCAGGCAUGCAUUUAAAGUAUGUCAGAUGAAGUACAUUCAUUCUUUGCCGGAAAAAUAUGUGUUGGAUAGAUGGAGGAAAGAUACAAAGAGAAGAUACACACUAGUUAAGAGUAGCUAUGAUGAUUGUCCGGUGAAUGCGGAUGCACGUCGGUAUGACCUUGUUGUUAAAAGAUGUAUAAGAUUUGCGACACUUGUAUCUAGGAGCAAUGAGCAUGUAAGUGCUUUCUUUCAUUUCUUGGAUGAGUUUGAGCAGAAGUUGGUUGGAGUAGAGCCUGAGUCCUAUUCAACAAAGAUGAAAGAGAAUGUGGAUGCAGAAAGGGGUAAGAAAAUAUUAAGUCCACAAGUUGUUCGGGGGAAAGGGAGGCCGCCAACGCGAAGAAAGGUCCUGAUGGUUGAGAAGGCUGCAGGGAAGAGAAAGAAGAAACAGAUAUUUCACGUUUGUUCGUAA